AUGAACGUGCUCCUAUCGCCGCAGCCGCCCUUCUUCCCUCAUCAACAGGAACCCUCUCGUCGCUCGCCCCCCAGAACAAUGUCGCACUAUACCAUGGCGUCCAGGAAAAGAAAAGCCGACGACGAUGACAACGAAAUGUCGGUCUCGCCGACCGGCUCGCCCGCAAUCAACUCGAGGCAGCUCUCGAGGCCGUCCAAGAAGGUCAGGGCUGGAAUCGAACUUGCAGGACGUCCGCUGCCUCUUCCCCGCCUACUCGAAACUCUCGACAAGUCGCAGCUGCGGGCUGUCCUGCAGAGGAUUUGCGAGCGUCAUCCAGACAUUGGACAUGAAGUGAUGACUUCAGCACCGCGGCCGUCAGUCAACGGGGCCCUCGAGGUUUUGGGCGAAUACCAGGACAAGCUACGGGCCGCCAUUCCUUUCGGCAACUCGAGUUCCGAAUACACCUAUUUCCGGGUCAAGCAGCCGCUCAUGGCGUUGGUGGAUGGUCUCGGCGAUUUCACCCCCCAGUUCCUGCCGCCGGUUGAGCAGCAAACGACCGUGUCGUUGGAGUACCUGAACCAUGCAACAAAGAUCAUUCACGACCUACCCGAUUUCGACAGCCAACAGUAUCGCCAUCACAAGGAUGGAGCGUACGACGAGAUAUCCAGAGCUUGGGCGUUGGUGAUUACAGAAGCGGCCAAGCGGGGAGGAGGCUUCCACUUGCACAACGGAAAAUGGGAUCAGGUUCUGGCUAAGCACAACCAGCAGUCCGGAGGAAAGCUAGAGCAGGCCAUGAACGCAAUGGUCAACGAAGUUGGAUGGAUCGGCGCGAACCCGAAUGCUCAUGGGCAGGGUUCUUCUUCGGAUCCCAACUCGAUACUCAACCAGCUCAUCAACGGCACAUAUGGCGCACCUGUCCAAGUUGGUCCCUUCUAG